CAAGAAUAGUGAUUUCAUUACUGAUUUCUGCAUCGAAAAACGAUUAAAAACUAAUCCACAGAGUGAAUUUUCUAGAACGUUCUAUUUGAAAAUUUGAUUUCGCCACAGAAUGUACAAUUCAAAAACCAAGUUCCAAAUAAAAAUAAAAAGAUCCAGAAUACUCUAUGGUAAAUACACGACAGCCAACAGCCGAAAUGAAAUAAAUCAAAUGUUGACGGAUUUCAAAAAUAAUUUGGACGACAAAGACAAUAGACUAGAAUAAGAAGCCCGAAAACAGAUAGAAAGACAAAGAAAAGAAGACCUAAGACAGGAAGUGAAACAAGAAGAAGAAGACAGAAGACAGAAAGAAAAAAAAACAAGAAGAACAGGGCCGGCUUGCAGCAGUUCUACAACAACAGCAAGACCGAAGACAUAAAGAGAGACAAGAAGAGGAAGCCCGAAGACAAGAAGAACAGGACCGGCUAUAGAAAAAUUUCAAAUUCUAGCGAGAAUGAAACCAAACUGUAAUCUCUGAGGAACAAACCAGAUUCGAAAAAAUUCUGAAAGUACAAGAUAAUAAGUUCACGGAUGCAAUGGAAGCAGUACGUAAAGAAGUUGGGAGUGUUGUUAGUGCUCCUAGUCUCGAUAAUGGUGAAUUUAUGAUUAUGGAUACCACAACUGAAGGCUCUGGAUAUGCUGAUGAAACUACAACUGAAGAAUUUGAAUUACCUACUGAAGAUCCAAUUCUGGAUGAAGCACCACCAGAAGAAACUGAACAAAAAAAUGGAGAUGAUGGUGGAGAAGAAGAGGAAAGUGAUAAAGGCAGCAAACAAACGGAGGAAGAUAAAUCUUGUGAUACAAAUGAUACUGGUGGUAGUCCAUGUAAUUCAAAAAGUGACGAAGACAAAGAAAAUGGUUCUGAUAGUAGGAGUAGUGAAGAACACAAAAAUAAGAAUAAACAUCCAUCAGAAGCAGAUGAGAAACACAAACACAAAGACGACAAAUCAAAUGGCAGAGACAGGCAUAAUCCUCACAGAGAUUCCAGAGGGCCAAAUGGUAAAUCUGACCAAGCACAUAAGUAAAGGGAUGAACGCAAGCAAUCAAAAAAAGAUACCGAAGAGGAUAAAAGACACAAACAUGAAGUUGAAAUAGCACUUUUCUAAAUCUAGACAUCUUUAAGAAAAGGGUCAGUGAAAUAUGAAAUUUAAGAAGUAAUUGCUGUUGCAAAACCAAAAAUAUUUAUGCUAAAAUAAUUAGACAAUUUAGUAUUGAGAUUAUGGAAAUUCCAAUGUCGAAUAGUUUUAGAUGUAGUUAUUAAAAAAAAAAAAAAAACAACGAACAUGUUAGUAUGGAUAUUAUUAUAACAGAAAUAUAAUAUCUAUUCAUUUAAUUUAUAUAAAUAGUGUUUUAUUUUAUACUGUUUUCAUUGUGAC